AUCAUUAUGCUUGGGUUUGUAGCAAAUUGUUUCUUGAAAAUGAAUAGCCAGGAGAAAUAAAGAAAAUCUACGAUUUAGGAAUGGCGAAUACUUCUAGUUCUAUGAGCGAGAAACUCGCACCCAUUAUGGCGACAUUAAUCGCUAGACGAAAUCCCGAAAGUCUUAGUACUCAAGAACACUAUACUUCAGCAAACCAAAUGAAGAAACUUCUGUGUGAGUUUGUGAAUAGCAUAUUGACUGAUCUUGAUGCUGUUGCUGUCCAGUUAUCACGAAAGACUGGAGGUACACCUCAUUCUGAGAUCUUUUGGCAAUUCUUGCAUCAUUGCCUGGAUGCAUUCCCAGAAUGCUUUGUUAGUUUAGAACCCCAGAAUACAAAUGAUGGAAUACUUGCCAUUGGAACAUCCAGUUCACAGGGUAACAAGAUCUGCAAAUCAGGAAAAGUUUUUACAUCAUGGAUCCUCUCAAGAAUUCUUUGUGUUCUUGCUGAGCCAGAUUGCUCUCAGUUGCAUGACAAAUCUGUGUCUGCCAUUCUGUCAUUAAUGCAGCUUGUGAAAGGAAAAGACCUUGUAUAUUACAACACAUGUCUUACAGAAUUUGUUUCACUUUGGGAGGACCUUGUAAUGAUUGAUGAAAAAUUGUUUUCAUCUGGCACCUGUCCUGUUGAUGCUUUGCCUCUCUAUCUUGGCCAUUUUCAGUACACAGAAACCUGUGAUAAAGAGGAGGAGCUCAACAUGGUGAAGAAGUUCAUUUGUAUCAAGCAUGCAGAAGAUUGCCAUACUUUACAAGAAGGAACAAGUAAAAUUAUCAGCCAUUUGGUUUGUGAUAUGUACCAAUAUAAUCACAGCAGUGUGACAAGUUUAUGGACCAUCUGCUGCCACCUUCUUCAGACUGGUCUAUUUCGCAUUAAGCAGGCAGCACUAGAUAUAAUAACAGGUCUGCUACCUUGGAGUGGACUUCCCAGUGUACCUCUUCUGGACAAGUUUGUCAAAUGCCUUUGCUCUUUACUAGAGCUUUUGGUAUCAGGAGUUGCCUCUAAAAUUCCAGUAGAUGGGCGAGAAAAACUCACCACAUUGGAGGUCAGUGUAGCUAAGUGCUUAGAUGUCCUAUCAACAGACCUUCCAUCUGGGAAAAGAGAUCCACUGCAGCUCACAGGCUCAACAUCAGAAAGAUCUCUCAAUGCAUUUCCUGCAUGGCAUGUGAAAUAUUUUCUUUUGAAGCUUAGAGGUGUUUUUCGUGGAGGUGGUCUGCAGAAAUUUCUGACCAAAGAGUUAAAGGUGGCUGUAUGUCAGUUCAUUUCUGGCAUUUACAAAGAUGUGCCCACCAAUGCUGGAAAGACUGGUCUUUUAACGCAACACCAUGUCAGAGAUGACAUAAAUAAGUGUAUAGUUAGUUACCUUGGCACUGAACAACAGCAACAGUUCUUGGUUAAGUGCUUAUUUGAGGCAGUGAUUGCAGAUAGGUGCAACAAGAAGGGCACAACUUGUGUCAAGUCUGAUGCCUCAGGAACAGAUGAGGUCUCAAGUGAAGAAACAAUGGAGAGUAAGACUAGCUCAUCAAAGAAAAGAAAAAUGACCACCAAUUUACAGCCUUCUCUGCCAAGCAAAAAGAAAACGAAUGACUCAAGUUCAGGAACAAUGAGAAGACUUCUUGAAAGAAUCAAAGCACUUAACAUGUCUAUAAUACGUAAGGGAGAUGAAAAGUUGCCUAAUUUGGAUGAGUUCGCCUGUGAGCUGGAAGGCGUCAGAGUCACUGUGGAAGUGAUGGUUCACCUUUGUAGUCAGCAAACAAGGAACCUCGGCGCGGAAAAUCCAAGUGACUUAAGUGAGAUUAAAGAGUUUUUUACAAGCUUGGAUCUCGGCCACCUUUUCUCCAUGUUUAAAAUAUCUCUUCAAAUCAUUGUCCAGACUGCAGAGCUGUCACCGCACGACACAGGGAAAUUUGAUAUCCUUGAUUCGUCUUUUAGAAAACUUGUACAGCUCUGCGGAGCAUUGUACAGCAUAUCAGAUGUCAUUCACAUCCCUCUGGCAUUAUGCCAGUUCUUUAUAUUUCUGGUAUCCAUUCCUUGGCUGUCAAAGAGUGAUCCUCCGUGGGUCGAUCUUCCGCAUGGGUUUGGUCUCUCGCUGGACGGCAUGGUCAGAGUCGGGAGGUCACUUGAUCCUGUGAUUGACAGAGACAGUAGGGUCGAUUGUCUUCAUUUAAUGGCAGUUCUGGAUGCAGCGCCAACCUGGAGAAUGCAAGUGCUUCUUCUAGUUCUUAAAGAUACAAGUGACAUGAAGAUUGUGGCUCUCAAGUAUUUACCUCUGUUGCUGUCCUCUCUUGGCUCCUACUCUUUCCACUUGAUCAAUAAUAUUCUUCCUGGGCUCCUCUCCUGCGGUGAAGGUGUCCAAGUAGAAAUUGCCAAAACUAUUGGCUCAUUAGCCUGCGUGCUUACAGAGAAUACAGUAAUAAAGAAGUUGAGGAACGAACUGCCUUUUCAUAAGUCCAUCUCCAGCAGCAUCACAUUUCUUUGCCCUGAUUGUGAUUCUGUUAUUCAAAACAAAGCAGAUGACAUGGAGGGAACUAAUCCUCAUGCCAUAGUAAAUGCAGCAAACUUCAUUCCUUACCUUCAACUUAUCUCUCCUGAAGCAAGCUCUUCCGUCAAGUGCGCUUUCAUUAAGAGCAUGAAAAGAAUGUUUACACACAUGGCUGUGGCACCUGAUAAUGAAGCUCAAAGAUCUAUAGUUAGUGCAACGUGCUUUGAUCUUAUCGAGGACCCCGAUUUUGAGGUCAGGAUGCAGUUCAGCAACGUCGUCCCUUAUGUUGUUAAACCUGGAGGAGCCGAUUCAGAUGAGAGCACGCAACAAAAUGUCAUUUCCAAGCUGAAAAAAGUGUUCCUUGAAGCGUCCUCGCAAGGCAACUGCAAACUGCAGGAGACGGUAGUUUUAACAAUUGGUCAACUGGGAAAAGUUGCCGAAGGGGAGCUAUUGCUUGUUGUUAUUGUGAGUUUGCUAGAGAGCCUGACUGCGCACUCUCAGCUUAUUAGAGCUGCAGCUUUCAAACAGGUCCAAGAGGUGGCCAGGUUUCAGGGCAAACAACUCAAGGAUUUGUUUGCUGGAUUCAAGCAACCGAUUUGUAAAUUUGUGGUAGAUGCAAUGGAUGAAAUACAAAGCUUGAAUCCCUCUUCUAAAGUUUCUUUGGAUGUUGUCUCAGAAGUUGCCAGUGUGUUUGAGUUUAGGGAUGUCCAUUCAUUUCUAAAGAAUACACUGCGUUUUGUAAUCCCCUACUUGGUCAAGAAAGCAUCGCCUUCCUCAUCGGCAAUCUUAAGACAUAUUGCUAAAGAGCUGAAGAUGAACAGAAGGGAGAUGCUGUUGGAGAAUUUCAAGUUUAUUUUUUCUUUCCUUGUGAGAACAUGUUCAGCAUCUGAGCUAGAGAAAGCUCUGGGUUAUGUACAGAAAGAGACGGAUGUAGAGCUUGGUAGCCUAUUGAGAUCGGAGGCCCAGAGUGUUUAUAAUCAGCUUUUACUGUAUCUAAGUGUUAGCUACAGCAAGGUGUUUAGUGGACUGGCAAUGCUGGCCUCGAAGGAUGACACUUACUCUGGGCCAAAGGACCUUAAAACUGAUCAACAUCUGGCUAAUUUUCUGCAAUCUAGACUGCUGGGUAUCCUGGCCUUCUACAACACUGUACUUCUAACAAACACUGAUCUGGAAGAGAAGAGAUUAGCUCUACAGAGUCUCACCAAACUGAUGCAAGUGAUGGGGCGGAAGUACAUCACUUACGUACGAGUGAAAGUCAUGGGUAUCCUGCGGUUGUGUCUGAGAUUCCAGGAUGAAGGCUUUCCUGAGCUAUCGUGUGAUGCAUGGGAGAACUUUGUGCGGAAUGUUGAACUCUCAAAUCUUGGGCCCAUGCUGAGCCAGAUCAUUGUGACCCUUUUACCAUAUCUGAACAAGCUUCCAGCAAGAGUUACACAGAUUUUCCACUUUCUGAUUGUUGAGAACAAAGCUGCUCUACAAGGUUAUUUUCAUGAGAUCUAUUUUCUACCCGAUAUUCCCGAACUACGCCGAGUCAGUGCAGUGCUGAGGACGUGUAGUGGGAAUGCUGCCAAAAAAAUGGACCUGCGAGCUCAGUUGAGACAAUCCCUGAAAGGAAUAUCUCAUGAAAGCGUUGAUGUGCAAAGGCAUGCAUUGUCAAAACUCAAACAGCUGCUUCAUGAUAACCAGGCCACCUUACAUGGUUAUGUCCUGAGUAAUGAAACCGUCGAUCCCAUCAUUCCGCAGCUAAUUAGUGUGCUCAUGUCCAGUUGCCGUGUGACUGAUGCUGAAGUGAAAAUUCUUGUCGCUGAAUGUCUCGGUGAGCUGGGGGCUGUCGAUCCUGGCAGACUGGAUAAGCUUACGCACGAUCCUGUGGAUGAACAAACAGUUUUUGAGAGCGGUUGUGAUGAUAAGGAGUUUGCUGUUGAGCUUAUUAAUAAGCUGGUACAGGCCUUCUUAGCAGCUCAUGAUACAAGAGCACAGGACUGCUCUGCCUAUGCUAUUCAAGAAGUUCUGUUAACGUAUGGCUGUAGUGAAUCAAAGAAGGACGGGGCUGGCUAUGACCUGUGGCAGAAAUUUCCAGAGCAUAUCCAAGAAGUUCUUCGGCCUCAUUUAUAUUCAAAAUACCUUAGCUCCAGCACUCCCAAUUGGUCUGGUCUCCCCAAACCGAUCUACAGAAGCACUAAGGGCAGGGUGUAUAAUGAGUGGGUCAGCACAUGGACAUCAUAUAUGAUCACCAAGGUCAAAGGCCAGAAACCAUCCCAUACAUUCCAGGCUUGCAGUAAAAUUUUUAAGCACGAUGUUAAGACCGCGUUAUUCUUGCUUCCCCACGUGCUGCUGUAUGUUCUGUUGGAUGGCACAAAAGAGGACGUCGAAGAGGUUUACGGAGAGAUCAUGGCAGUUCUCACUCAUCUGCAAAGAAACGAAGAGCUUCCUGCCCCAUCCUCAGAUUUCCGCCAGAUGAGUGCUCAGACAAUAUUUUCCGCCUUGGAUUAUUUGAACCGUUGGGCAAGAGCAAAGGCUUACAGAUUGGUCUUAAAGAAACAGUUGGUGACUUCCAAACAUCGAAACAGUCCGUCAGUCUCAGGUAUCCAAGAUGAGCAAAAAGCCGUGGAAAAGUUCCUGGAAAAAAUUCCCCAGGAUGUGCUGGCCUACGCAUCAUUCCACUGCAAGGCAUAUGCCCGUGCCUUGAUGCACUUUGAGGCAUUCAUCUCAAGUCAGAAGCAGGAUGUCCACCGCCAUUUAGGGUUUGUUCAGAAGCUCUACAUAGUUUUGGACGAACCUGAUGGAGUAGCUGGGGUUGCAGCCAGCAGGAAGCAGGAACCCACUCUCCAUGAACAGAUCCUCGAUCAGAAAAGCUCAGGGAAGUUGUGCGAUGUUUCUGCUCGUUAUGAGAGAGCAAUUCAAGAAGAACCAGAUGAGAUUGGACAUCACAAGGGCCUGUUACAGUGUUUUAUUGAUCUUGGUCAAGUGACGACUGCUCUCACUCAUGUGGAUGGAGUGGUUACUCGCAGACCUGAAUGGGAGAAGUCCCUGAAUGCGUACCGUGUUGAGGCUUCUUGGAGACUAGGACAGUGGGACUCACUUGAAAGUUAUCUUAAACUGGAAAGAGGUGUUGGUGACUGGGAUGUUGGAUUAGGACGGAUCCUGUUGGCUGCUAAAGAAAAGAAUGAGAAUGAAUUUAGACGUCAACUAAAGGUAGUUCGCAGUCAACAGAUGGGAUUCUUGUCCGCGGCAAGUAUGGAGUCUGGGUCCUAUCAACGUGGUUAUGAACACAUUGUGAGGCUGCACAUGCUUCGCGAGGUGGAGGAGGCAGUGCAGAGGAAUUUCCUUGUAGCAGCUGAUGGAAUCGAUACCAUAGGCGUGACAAAUAGCUGGCAGUCACGUUUGCACAUCUCACAGACAUCAUUUCGCACGAGGGAACCAAUCUUAAAUUUGAGACGAGUUGUUUUAAAACUGUUACCAAGUUCUGAGGAGUUACAGAAAGAACAAGGAAAAAGCUGGCUUCAAAGUGCAAAAGCAGCUAGGGUAGCGGGUCACGUCCAAACUGCUGACAGUUCGCUUUUAAGUGCUAGUGCCUUUGCUUUGCCAAGUUUAUGCAUUGAACGUGCGAAAUGGAUGGCCAGCCAGGGUGAUGUUCAUAACGCUCUGAUAAGUUUGCAACGGGCUGUCAGUGAACAGUGGCCACAUGGCAGCAGUACAGUGUCAGAUGGGGGACUGGACAGAUUCAUCCAUGCAAAGGCCUUGCUACUUAUCGGCCGAUGGAUAGAGGAGACGGCUCAUUAUGCAGCUAAUCGUGCCAUUCAACAGUACAAGGAGGUGACUGCACUUCAUGGUAGCUGGGAAAAUGGCCAUUUCUAUUUGGGAAAAUACUAUGACAAGCUGAUGUCAGCGUGUCCGGAAGGAGAAGAAAAAUCGAACAAAGUUUAUGUGGACUUCAUUCCAUUUGUUCUUAAACAUUACGGACUGUCUCUUCAGUUUGGAAACAAAUUUAUCUAUCAAUCCAUGCCUCGUCUCCUAACUAUUUGGCUUAACUUUGGCGCUACAGUUUCUGAUCAAGGUCGACAGACCAAAGCAUCUGAUAGAGGAGGAAAGAGGCAAAAGUUGGCGGAUUGCAACGAGAUCAUGUCAGAUCUGACCAACAAACUGCCGGCGUACCAGUUCCUCACAGCGUUCUCUCUACUUAUUUCUCGCAUUUGCCAUGCGAACCAAACGGUCUUUCAUAAGCUCGAGGAGAUCAUCGCCAAACUGUUAGUGACGUACCCACAACAAGCGAUGUGGAUGAUGAUGGCUGUUUCAAAGUCUUCUUUCGCCAUGAGAACAAAGCGUUGCUAUCAAAUCUUUCAUAAGGCAAGUUCGCGCGACAUUACGUUGAAAAAGUUCCUUGAGCACUCCACAAGACUAGCUGAUAGACUGCUUGAAGUUUGCAACAAGGAAGUAUCUACCAAAGGUCCUUCCAAAGACAAGUUGAGCAUGAGUCAUGACUUCUCUGUUCUCAAGAGGCUUGUGUCUGAUGGAGAUUUUAGUCCAAUUAUAGUUCCUCUCCAGUCUGCUAUGACUGUGACCUUGCCUUCAGGAGCCGGAAGCCAUCACGAUCACAAUCCGUUCCCAGGCUCGCUAGCUUGUAUCAUCGGCUUUGAGGACACGGUUGAUGUUCUAGCGUCUCUACAGAAACCGAAGAAAAUCACCAUUAAAGGCAGUGACGGAAACUCGUACACCAUGAUGUGUAAACCCAAGGAUGAUCUUCGAAAGGAUUGUAGAACAAUGGAAUUUAACGCCCUCAUCAACAAGUGUUUAAGAAAAGAUCCUGAAUCUCGACGAAGGCAGCUGCACAUUCGUACUUAUGCGGUGAUUCCUUUAAAUGAAGAAUGCGGACUGCUAGAAUGGGUACAAAAUACUCAUGGCUUAAGAAACAUACUCACGAAAAUUUACAAAGAGAAAAAUAUGUAUACUCGAGGAGCGGAGCUAAAAAAAUUAAUGGACAGAGCAGGAAACAAACCUGAGGACAAGAAACGUGUCUUCUUGAAUGAAAUCCUUCCCAGGCACCCUUCCGUUUUUCAUGAGUGGUUUCUGAAGACGUUUCCUAAUCCAACUUCGUGGUACAUGAGCCGCCUGGCUUACUGCCGAACGUCAGCGGUUAUGUGUAUGGUGGGUCAUAUCCUAGGUCUUGGUGAUCGCCAUGGUGAGAAUAUUCUGUUUGACGCUACCAGUGGGGCCUGCGUCCAUGUCGACUUCAACUGUCUGUUUAAAAAGGGAGAAACCUUCGAUUGUCCGGAACGCGUGCCAUUUCGAUUGACACAUAACAUUGUAAAUGCUAUGGGUCCUCUUGGAUACGAGGGAGUUUUUCGUCGCUCUUGCGAAGUUACCUUGCGUCUUCUGAGAAAUCAGUGCGAUUCUUUGCUCACUGUCCUCAGAACCUUUAUAUAUGAUCCACUUGUGGAGUGGCAGAGGACUAAGGGAAGGGAAUUACUUUCCGAGGCUUCAAAGAAUAAAGAAACAGGGGAAGUUACAAAUGAAGAGGGUCUUAAGAUUCUGAAAGAUGUGGAAAGGCGGAUCAAAGGCUUUGAAGGAACCAGUAAGAUCAUGAUUCCUCUCUCGAUAGAAGGACAGGUGCAUUACCUGAUCGAGGAGGCCACAAGCGAUGACAACUUAUGCCGGAUGUACAUUGGAUGGGCUCCUUUUCUCUAACGAAAAAAGGGAAGAUAUGUAAACAAGAGAUCUUUGUAAACCAUGGUAAAGAAGAAGGUUUUUUUUUUCAACGAACUGACUUGAGUAGGAAACGCGUUAUCGGAAUCCAAAUAUUUGUUUGCGAUAUUUUUAAGAUGGCGGCGAUACUGUAGGUUGAGUUCUAAGGGCCAUGUUUUCCCCACAUAUCUUCAUGCCUUAACGAAAAACUUAAGAAAUGUCACCGUGGAUAAAUGUUUUGUGACAGAAUUGUUCAAAUGAUUAUGACUCGACUUGCGUUUCUUGCUUCUUGUUAAAGAGAUAUUGGGUUAUAAAAUCACAAUUCUAGAAAAAUAA